AUGACGUCGAAGGAAAGCAACGCAUGGACGGAGGAAGAACGGGAGGCGCAACUUUCUAAUUCAAGAGAAAAUGAUGUGUUGAGAAAUAAAAUAAUAAUUCGUCAAAAUGAAGAAGAGAAAAAGGAAGAGAAUAAUAAUGCAGUUAUUGAAAAUAAAAAGAACAUGAGCGUAAUGCAAAUACAAAAAUUUAUAAACAAGUUAAAAAAUACAAAUGUAACAAAUUUACAAACAAGUUAUUUAGAAAGUUUACAAAAUGAUAUUAAACAAUUAAAUAUUUCGAAAUAUUUAAGUGAGAUAUUUAACUAUAUAUUUAAUUUAAUUUACUAUGUUAACAAAUAUCCUGAUCUUUUUCUUUUUAUUAAUUUAAUUAAAUAUAUGAAUGACAAUUAUGAAAAUGUAGGUGAACACAUCGAUAAAACAAUUUUUGCAAGAUAUUUCAAACUUGAUGAAGAUGAUAAAAAUUACUUUUUUAUCGUUUUUUAUGAUUUAUACAAUAAUAUCAGUGAGUCCAACUUUUCUGUAAAGGAGCCCUCCUCUACCCCCAAGCGCCCUGUCUCAAAGGAAGAGACACGAAAACUGGAUAGACUGGACGUCACCAAAAAUGGUGUAGACAUGGCAAAACAUAGUACCGAUCAUCAGAAGGAUGCUUCUCAAGGUCAAGAUGAUGAAGGAAAUGUCCGUAGUGCAAACCAAAGUGGAGGGGAGCCUAUUGGAGAUGACAUGAAGGAGAAACUAAAAGAAUUGCGAAUUUUUCAGAAGGCGAAAAGCACUGUAAUGAAAAAUUUAAACGCUCAGCUUCGUAAGGAGGGGCCAGAAAGCGACACGUUCAUGUUGGAUUAUGAUUUAUUUGGUAAUGAACAUAAAGAAACAAAAUUUUGGAAAAGCAACUUGGCAGAUCAGAAGGCAUACAUAAAGGAAAUGUUUAAUGAUUCAAAUUUUUUAAAGAAAUUGGAAAAAAAGAACAAAAUAAGGAAAACAUUGAUAUGUGUGUACUUUGAAUUAUUACUACUUGGAAUAUGCAAGAAUAAUGAUCUUCUUACAUACAUGUUCAUAAACAUGACUUUUUUCUUUACCCUAACUUUAGAUUCUCAAGUAUUCGACAAUGAAAAAAUUGCCCUUACUCAAAGUUUGCAGGAAAAGCGAGACGGAAAAUUUUACUCCACUACAUCUGAUGUAUUACGUGCUGUGAGAAAACACCUUGCCGUUAAUACAAUAAUAGCAUACAAUUACUUUUUCUCAAACGUAGGAACAGUUUUUUUUAUGAACAGAAAUAAUGUUUGUUCCAUUGGCGAUGCUAAUGUCAUCAGGACUAGCACGCCGCUCAACGUGUCAACCAGCUUGCGAAUUAAUGGGUUCCCUUGCAUGAGCGAAAUAAAAGAUCUCGUAAUGAACAUUCUUCAGGUAUUUUACAACAGUAGCAUGCAUAAUUUGCUGAUAUAUCUAUACGGAGAACAUGUGAUAAAUGAAUAUACUAGCAGUGCUAAAAUUUCUAGACAAAAAGAAGAGUUUGAAUUUUUCAGCAUCUAUGACAAGUGCAAAAAACUAUGUUGUUUUAUGCAAAGAAAUGGCCCCAAUUUAGACGAAAUACAAAUAAUCGGUAUUGAGAUGGUGGGACUUAAUGAAGAAAGUGUUAAACACAUUAAAUUAUUUGAUAAUUUGAAGAAGAAAAAAUACAUGAACGAUAAGGAAGUAACAGUUGAUGAAUCUUAUUCCUUGUGGAUUAAUGAAGAAGAGAGGUUGUUUUAUACAAAAUUUCCCGAUUAUUCAAAUAUUAACGUAGCAGUUAACGAUGAUGAGUGUGAUGAUGAUGACACACACGGGAUUCACCUCUCCAGUGCAGAAAAAAUGGAGGAACGGGACAAUCAAAUGAAGAAGAAGAGCAGCGACAACAACAGCUGCAACAACAACAACAACAACAACAACAACAACAUUAGUAAUGAUACGACUUGUGAAAAGAACAUUGAAUGCAAAAGAGAAAAUGCUAAGAGUGCAUUGAAAGAGGGAGAAGUGAACGCAUCAUCUACCCCUGUGGUGUCUGGGUUGGAUACCCUCCCCGGAACAACUUCUGUGACAGAUAGUUCUUUAUGGAAAGACCAGAAAAAAGGAUUCAACAGAUACCUAGAGAAGUUGCUAAGUAUGAAUAGUGAGAAAAUAUUGGAGGAUCAUGUAAUGACAUUUCUACUGAACUACAACACGAAGAAGAAAAGGAAGAUUGUUGCAAAUACAAUUACACAUAUAAAUCAAGUGGUUCUAAAUUUGAUCCCGUUUUACUGUCGAUAUAUCGCCAUUAUUAACAUAUACAGGAAAGACAUGACGGUGAUGGUUAUUGAAGAGGUAAAAAGAAUAACCGAAAAAUUAAUUAAAGAAAAACUACCUUGUCAGAAUAAGAAAACAAAAUGUAUAAAAUAUAUUUGCGAAUUGACAAAAUUUAAAUUGUUAGAUAUGACAUACAUUUUGGAUAUUUUGAAUCUUCUGAAUGAGAAUUUUACAUCAGAUCACGCUGAAUUGUCUUUUUAUAUAUUAGAAAAUUGUUCUUCAUUCUUGUUAAACAAUUCCAAGACACAUAUUCGGUUCUUAAAUUUGUUGCAAAAAAUUAAAAAAAUGAAAAGUUCUCGAAAUUUAUCAACAUCUUUAGAUUUACUUUUUGAAGAAUGUUGCAUUAAAAUAGAACAAGAAUUUUAUCCACAAAAUAAAAAUUUGAAAAAAAAAAAAAAAAAUUCAAAAUAUUCUGAACAAGAUUUGAGAAAAAAAUAUUUCUUAAAAAAGUUACUCUUUCAAGAUAUAGAAAAAAUAUCCAUGGAAGAGGUAUGUAUAUAUAUAAGAAAAUUUAACUGGGAUGACAUGUUCACUACAACAAUGUUGAAGAAAUACAUUUUUAAAUUCUUAAUUUAUAUGAGUAUAUACCAAAUUGGUAAUUUAGCAUCUCUCUUAUUUUACCUUGCUUUGCAUAAACCAAGUUUUGUUACACAAAUUAUAGAUGAUUUAUAUGAACGCAUUAUAUCUAUCAUCCAAAGGAAUGAUUUUCAAAAGUUUAAUUUCCUGAUUCAGUACGCUUAUAUUUUUUCCGAGCUUUUUGUGUACAAAAUGUUGAACUCAUCCAACGUUUUGGAUUUGCUUUACUUCUUGGUCGCCCUAUCAGAUGUCGACAUGGCCAAUUACCACCACAUUGCAUGCAUCUAUCAGAUUUUUAUGGAGAAUAAAAGUCUUUCCCAAGGCAUUCGGGGGCGUGUAUUCUUCGACACGCAUAACGUCGGGUCUAGCCAGAAUGCUGCAUCUAGCCAAAACAUUGCAUCUAGCCAAAACGCUGCAUCUAACCAGAAUGCCGCAUCUAGCCAAAACAUUGCAUGUAACCAGAACAUCGCAUCUAGCCAAAACAUUGCAUCUAACCAGAACACCGCAUCUAACCAGAACACCGCAUCUAACCAGAACACCGCAUCUAACCAGAACACCGCAUCUAACCAGAACACCGCAUCUAGCCAAAACACCGUAUCUAGCCAAAACACCGUAUCUAGCCAAAACACCGCAUCCACGCCCCGGAGUGACUACUUCUCCUUCGAUAACUACAGAGACUCAGUGCACAAAUUCCUACUCAUCAACAGACGGAACCCCGUGUUCCUCAACAUGGUGCAGGAUCCAGAGUGCUGUAGCUUUAUUAACAUCAAGAUGAUAUGCAUAAUACUUGAAAGAUGUGCGAAAUAUUUUCAGAAUGCACCAUUACUGAAAUUUAAAUUAACGAAAUUUUUUUUAGUAUUCAUUAGAUUUUUACGUAUUCUAGAACCCCUACCAGUGUAUAUUACAAACUUAACUAACAAUAUUAUUGAUGAAUUUUCAAAGGAUAUGAAAGCAUUAGCAACAGUUCAACAAGUCGACAAGUACCUCUUCAGAUUGUUAAAUUGUGAAUAUCGCGUUUACUUAAACCUUAUAGAUGAGAGUAAAAAUAUGAGCAGCAAGAAAAAAAACUCCCUUUUAGUUACUGAUGAAGAAUUAAUAUUUCGCCUCGAUCCAGAGGACAAGCAUUUCAAAUUUAGAGAUAUGCAUGAUACAGUGGAAAAUGAAAAAAUGAAAACAUCAAACAUGUACAAAGGAACAGACACAUUUUACAUGUAUGGUAGUAGACAUACAUCACAAGCAAGAACCAAUAAAUACACAUAUAGAGACUUUCUUCCAGAUGCACGUCGAAAUAUGCAGAGAAGGAGCCCCAACUUUGUAGGUUCUAGUGAAUAUUUAAGAACGAAGGGAGAAAUGCAUAAGAGCAAUGUGUCCAAAGAGAAGGGCAAAAUGGGUUCUAAUUUUAAAAAUACAGAUGAAGAUAUAGAUGAAGAUAUAGAUAAAAAUAUUGGUGAAAAUAUGGAGGAAAAUAUGGAUGAAAAUAUAGAUGAAAAUAUGGAUGCAAAUAUGGAGGAAAAUAUGGAGGAAAAUAUGGAGGAAAAUAUAGAUGAAGAAAUCAAUGCAAUUAUUAACUCGUCCAUAUUAGAAAAUAGAUCUUCCAAAAAUAAGAAAAUUUCCAUGCAUAAUAUUAAAAACGACAUAUUGUAUGGAAUGUUACUUCGAAGGACGGACAUACCCACUGGAGACAAGUAG